GUCCCGUCCGAUCCUCCUCUCCCCAAGAAACCCAAAACAGACGAUGCCCUGCAGUCUCCCUUACUUGGGGAUAAAGAGAAGCAGUCCAGCUGGUUACGAUCCUUGUCAAAUUCAUCCAUUAAGAAUAUUGGGUGUCUCCAUCCCCGGCAGCGUCUUUCUGCAUUCCGGCCCUGGUCCCCCGCCAUUUCAGCCAGCGAGAAGGACGUCUCCAACCACGUCCCUACGUUGAUUAGAGACAGUUUCUACUCAUAUAAAAGUUUUGAGAACUCCGUCGCACCCAACGUGGCGCUGGCCCCGCCUCCUCAGCCAAAGAUCGUGAGCAACCCGCUGUGCCCUCCAGCGGCCUUGAGGAACGGUGAGACCCUCAGCAGCCCUCCCCAGCUCCGGAAAAGGAAACACGUCGCCGAACACCCAGCCGUGCCCGAACCGCCGCCCGUCGCUGCUGUGCCCACCACCGCUGCUCCCGCCCCUGCCACGGAAGAAGAGAAGGAAUCCGAAGCCGAGAUAGAAGUGGAAACGCGAGAAGAAUUCACCUCCUCCCUGUCCUCGCUCUCCUCUCCGUCCUUCACCUCUUCGAGUUCAGCCAAGGAUAUGAAUUCUCCCAGCCUGCAAGUCCAGCCCGCCGCCGGCAACGCCGUCUUUGAAGGGUCAAGUCAUGCCGAGCCUCAGAACGGACCCAACGGGCUGGAGGCCGAGCUGGAGCAUCUGAGGCAGGCGUUGGAUGGCGGCCUGGACACGAAAGAAGCCAAAGAGAAAUUCCUCCACGAGGUGGUGAAGAUGAGGGUCAAGCAGGAGGAGAAACUCAACGCCGCCUUGCAGGCCAAGCGCAGUCUCCACCAGGUAAUGGGGUGCUACCCCGUUGGCCGAGGACAUUUAAGGGACCCCGUGGCACUAGAUUUGA